GCGCGCAGGCGCGUUGACUCAUUCAUUGUUCUAGGCCCUGAGGCCGCCAAAGAGGGGCGUGCACACUUCGGCCGUUCUGCGCAGGCGCUGCGAAGGGCUGGGUCUCUGCUGUCGGCCUUCCAAGACACACCCCCUUGGAAGAGGGAGUGACGUCAGGUUAAAGCUACCGGGACGGGUCCCGGCAUCUCUAAAUCACCGCUCCCUGGCCUCUUCGGCCUCCGUCCGCCGCGGCCCAGGGGCCAGGCUUCUCAGCUGCUGACCCACUGCCACCGACUGCGCUCUCUCCCGUGGGUCGGCUUUUUGCUCGCCAUGCCUCCGCCGCAGGGUGACGUGACCGCCUUGUUCCUGGGGCCUCCGGGCUUGGGGAAGUCCGCGCUGAUCGCAGCGCUGUGCGACAAGGAUGUGGAGACGCUCGAGGCCCCCGAGGGACGGCCGGACUCCGGGGUUCCUAGCCUAAGAGCUGCGGGCCCAGGCCUUUUUCUGGGCGAGCUGAGCUGCCCACCCGCAGCGCCGGGGCCCUGGGCGGCGGAAGCCAACGUGCUGGUACUGGUGCUGCCCGGACCCGAGGGGAACGGGGAACCGUUGGCUCCAGCCCUGGGAGAGGCAGCGCUGGCCGCCCUGUCCCGAGGGACCCCGCUACUGGCUGUGCGGAACCUCCGUCCUGGGGAUUCACAGACUGCCGCCCAGGCCCGUGAUCAGACAGCAGCUCUGCUGAACAGCGCGGGGUUAGGAGCCGCGGAUCUGUUUGUGCUACCGGCGAACUGCGGCAGCAGCGACGGCUGCGAGGAGCUAGAGCGCCUCCGGGCGGCGCUGCAGAGCCAGGCAGAAGCGCUGCGGAGGCUCCUGCCACCGGCGCAGGAUGGCUUCGAGGUGUUGGGUGCAGCAGAGCUAGAGGCUGUGCGUGAGGCCUUUGAGACCGGCGGCCUUGAGGCUGCGCUGUCGUGGGUGCGCUCAGGCCUGGAGCGCCUGGGCAGCGCACGGCUAGACCUGGCCGUGGCCGGCAAGGCUGACGUGGGCCUUGUGGUGGACAUGCUGCUUGGAUUGGAUCCUGGCGACCCAGGUGCUGCGCCUGCUUCGGUCCCCACGGCACCCACUCCCUUCCCAGCCCCAGAGCGCCCGAAUGUGGUGCUCUGGACCGUGCCUCUGGGCCACACGGGCACUGCCACCACCGCGGCCGCCGCCUCUCACCCAACGCACUACGACGCCCUCAUCCUCGUCACCCCUGGGGCCCCCACUGAGAAGGACUGGGCCCAGGUCCAGGCCUUGCUGCUACCAGAUGCGCCUCUUGUCUGCGUGCGCACAGACGGCGAGGGCGAGGAUCCGGAGUGUCUGGGAGAAGGCAAGAUGGAGAAACCCAAGGGCGAGAGCUUAAAGAACGCAGGUGGAGGGGGAUUGGAGAAUGCACUCAGUAAGGGAAGGGAAAAAUGUAGCGCUGGAUCGCAGAAAGCAGGCAGCGGGGAAGGUCCUGGGAAAGCUGGCAGCGAGGGUUUGCAGCAGGUUGUCGGCAUGAAGAAAUCAGGUGGUGGCGACUCAGAGCGGGCCGCUGCGUUAAGCCCGGAGGACGAGACGUGGGAGGUGCUGGAGGAGGCGCCGCCGCCAGUGUUCCCCCUACGGCCUGGCGGACUCCCAGGGCUAUGCGAAUGGCUGCGGCGAGCGCUCCCCCCAGCCCAGGCAGGGGCACUGCUGCUGGCGUUGCCACCAGCAUCUCCCAGCGCUGCCCGAACCAAGGCUGCGGCGUUGCGAGCCGGGGCGUGGAGGCCAGCUCUGCUGGCUAGUCUGGCGGCGGCGGCGGCACCACUCCCAGGGCUGGGCUGGGCAUGCGACGUGGCACUUCUGCGGGGUCAGCUGGCAGAGUGGCGACGGGGCCUGGGGCUGGAACCCACGGCACUGGCUCGACGUGAGCGCGCCCUGGGCCUGGCUUCUGGAGAGCUGGCAGCGCGCGCUCAUUUCCCAGGCCCGGUGACGCGCGCCGAGGUGGAAGCAAGACUGGGCACCUGGGCGGGCGAGGGCACUGCUGGGGGCGCAGCACUGGGGGCUCUCUCCUUCCUGUGGCCUGCGGGUGGUGCAGCGGCGACAGGUGGCCUGGGCUACCGAGCGGCUCACGGCGUCCUGCUGCAGGCUCUCGAUGAGAUGCGGGCUGAUGCUGAGGCUGUGCUGGCACCCCCUGAGCCUGCCCAGUGAGGAGUGGGAGGGGGCUUGGGAGUCCAGACUCUGACAGGGGAUGCCUGGGCUUAAUCCUGGGUGCUUGAAGGGGAUGUGGACUCUUGACUUCCAGCUGGGAUGUGUGACUUCUUAUCACCUGGAUUCAGAGAGUCUGGGGGACAGGAAUCCUGAUUUCUUUCUUUUUUUUUUUUUUUUUUUCCUUUUUUUGUGAGACGAAGUCUCUUGUUGCCCAGGCUGGAGUGCAAUGGCGCGACCUCGGCUCACUGCAACCUCCGCCUCCCGGGUUCAAGCGAUUCUCCUGCCUCAGCAUCCGGAGUAGCUGGGAUUACAGGUGCCUGCCACCACACCUGGCUAAUUUUUGUAUUUUUAGUAGAGACGGGGUUUCACCAUGUUGGCCAGGCUGGCCUCGAACUCCUGACCUCAGGUGAUCCACCCGCUCCGGCCUCCCAAAGUGCUAGGAUUACAGGCAUGAGCCCCACCGCCCCUGACCAGGAAUCCUGAUACCUUUGGGAACCAUGGUGCAUGACAUCCAGACCCUUCUGUCCUGAAGGGAGUUGGUGGCCCAGACUCUAGCAGGGACUAUGUCUUUGUCUCCUAGGGAGUAGAAACUGGAGUUACUGGAUGUUUAGUCCUCCAGGGAGGCGGGUAGAAGUCCUGUUUCCUAAUUGGUGGGGAGGUGUCCAUGACUGGGACCUGAACUCCAGUAUAGGGGAGGGAGACCUGAGCGCCCCAGGGAGCUGGAACUCUUGGGCUUCAGAGCCUCAGAGGGAAGCAGGGUCUACAUUUCUCUGGGAGAAAAAGCCUGCACACAGGUCCCCAAGGAGCAGUGGGCUUUGAGUCUUGAUGGGGUGGCGGAGGCCCCUGGGGUCUGAGACUUCUGGGGUUCUAAGAUGGCUGUGGACCUUGGUUCCUAAAUAUUGGGUAAGGGGAGAUCUGCAUCUGGAGGAGGGAUCGGGGGCUUGUGGGAGAAAGCUGGAGACUUCUUGAUCUCUCCUGGGGAGUGGAUGGGUUUCUAUAAUUGCCCUCCAAAAGUAUGUAGGGAGGGUGGUCCCACAAAAAUGAGGUGAGGUGGGUAAGAGGUCUGGGCAUGGUGGGCUCUGGGAGUAGCCAGGGACCAGGAAUGAGGUCUUCUGGGUGUGGAAGGGCAGUAAAGCAUACCUCAGAGACAGCUCCUCCAAACCUUGUAUUGGGAUCCCGGCAACUGCCUCUGUGAGUGUGACUGGGAAGGGAUAUGACUGCCUUCAUCUUCUAGGUGCUGAGCAAUUCAGGUGAUCUCUGGGGAGUCUGUUUCUCUGUCUCUUUUCUUUAGGAGUUUCUAUCUUUUUUUGGCCUUUUUCUCCUGGUAUUUAACCAUAACCCUUUAUGGCCUUGGUGUUUUGUGCACCUUCCUUUUCGGAAGAGCAGCUGUACUGCUGCACUGGUCCAAACACUUCUGUAUGGACACCUCGGGUAUCCCCAAGAGGCUCUGCUUUCUGAUGUACAUAGAGGGUGCUGCAUUGAGCCAGGGGCCCACCAAAUGGGUGGUCAGGCACUUGAGACCAUGGGAAUAUGCCAGGAGUGAAUGAAGCAAAGGCAGAAACCACAGUGCCUGGAAUGUUCUAGGCUGCUAGCCACAUGUGGGGGAAAAGUUGCAGGUUACAGAAUUCUUCAGUGUCAAAAACAGAAAAGGAGGAUCUGAGAAUCCAAGCGAUAGAAUCCCUUUUGUCGUAGACAGAAAGAGCAAAGUCCAGAGAGGGCAGGCUUGAGGCCCAACAGCACACAGUAAGGCCCUGUGGGUCUGGCCCUUGCCUAUUCUCAUUCCCUGCCCCUUCCCACUCCUGUCCAGCCUGAUAGACUUUCCUUCUUUUUUUUUUUUUUUUUUGAAAUGGAGUCUCACCUUGUCACCCAGUCUGGAGUACAGGGAUGUGAUGACUGUAGCUGAGAUGACAGGCAUGUGCCACCACACCUGGCUAAUUUUUGUAGUUUAGUAGAGAAGGGAUUUCACCCUGUUGGUCAGGCUGGUCUCGAACUCCUGACCUCAGGUGAUCCACCUGACUCAGACUCCCAAAGUGCUGGGAUUACAGGUGUGAGCCAUCAUGGCCGCCUGACUCUUUCUGAUGCCUGAGUGGCUACCUUGAGUCCUGCCUGGGGACCCUUGCACCUGCUGUUCUCUUUCCUUCAAGGCUCUACUCACAACUUCCUGUUCUACUCUCAAACCUUCCUGUGACGGGCUCAGUCAGAUCUCAGCUCACGUAUCCCCUCAGAGAGGACUUCCCCUCCCUGACCACCCUAUCUGAAGUAGCUCACAUCCCCCCAUCAUUCAUUUCGGCCAGUUGAGUUUCCUUGUAGCAAUUAUUACUGUCAAAAAUGAUCUUAUUUAUUUACCUGUUUAUUGGCUUUUGACCCGUUGCCUGUCCUGUUCUCUGUUGUUUCCCCAGCAUCUAGAACAAUAGGUGCCUGACACAAUAGGUGCUUCAUAAAUAUUUAUUAUUAUUAUUAUUAUUUUAGAGACAGGGUCUUGCUCUGUUGCCCCGGCUGGAAUACAGUGGGAUGAUCAUGGCUCACUGCCAUCUCCAACUCCUGGGCUCAAACGAUCCUCCCACCUCCGCCUACAGAGUAGCUGGGACUAUAGGUACACAGCACCAAAUUUUCUGUAGAGACGGGGGUCUUGCUUUGUAGCCCACACUAGUGUUGAACUCCUGGCCUCAAGUGAUCCUCCUGCCUUGAUAGGAUUACAGGUGUGAGCCACCACACCCAGCCUAAAUGUUUAUUUCACUGGUCAGUGUCAGAACUAGGAUUGGAAUUUAGAUUGUUAAUCUCUUGCCACAAGAUAGGAAAAUGGAGCAAGAUGAGGAGAAAAAAGCAUUUAAUGGGAGAGAACACCCUUGUCUGAGGUCAGGGACCUGGGAAGCAAGCACGACUUUGCUACUGUCACUGUGUGUUACUUGGACAGUGCCUUAUUUUCCCAUCUGUGCAAUAAAAGAGCUGGAUAAGAACCUUAGUUUUGAGAUCCUGUCUCCCUUAAAAGCUGAAGACAAAGGUAACUGAUCCAAGGGCAGACAAGGGAUGGUACCAUCAUCUCCAGCUUGGACUCCCACUGCUGACACAAUUUGUCCCUUCAAAGUUGAGAUAGCUACCAUGGGGAAGAGCACUUAGUUCUAUACUGAAUGGCUCCAGGCAUUUUCAUGAAAGCUCUUUCAGCUUUGGGGAAGAAUAUUCAUCCAUAUCUUUACCCCAUCAUAUUAGUGUCUAAGCCCUGCAAUCAGGCAUGUCAGCCACGUGAUGGAAUGGGAGGGCUGCAGGGCAGCACUGUCCAGUAGAAACGAAAUGCAAGCCACAUAUGUCAUUUUAAGUUUUCUUUUUUUGAGAUGGAGUUUCACUCUGUCACCCAGGCUGGAGUGCAGUGGCACGAUCUCGCCUCACUGCAACCUCCGCCUCCCUGCAACCUCCGCCUCCCAGGUUCAUGUGAUUCUCCUGCCUCAGCCUCCUGAGUAGCUGGGAUUACAGGCAUAUGCCACCAUGCCUGGCUAAUUUUUGUAUUUUUAGUAGAGAUGGGGUUUCACCAUGUUGGUCAGGCUGGUCUGGAACUACUGACCUCAGGCCACCCGCCUCGGCCUCCCAAAGUGCUGGGAUUACAGGCAUGAGCCACCGCACCCAGCUAAUUUUUGUAUUUUUAUUUUAUUUAUUUAUUUAUUUAUUGGGAGACGGAGUCUUGCUCUGUCACCCAGGCUGGAGUGCAGUUGUGUGAUCUUGGCUCACUGCAACCUCAGCCUCCCAAGUAGCUGGGAUUACAGGCAUGCACCAUCAUGCCCAGCUAAUUUUUGUAUUUUUAGUAGAGAUGGGGUUUCACUGUGUUGGCCAGGCUGGUCUUGAACUCCUGACCUCAGGUGAUCCACCGGCCUCAGCCUCCCAAAGUGCUGGGAUUAUAGGCGUGAGCCACUGCACCCGUCCUAAUUUUUGUGUUUUUAGUAGAGAUGGGGUUUCACCAUGUUGGCUAAGCUGGUCUGGAACUCAUGGCCUCAAGUUAUCUGCCCACCUCAGCCUCCCAAAGUGCUGAGAUUACAGCCAAGUUUUUUAAUAGCCACAUUAGACAAGUAAAAGGAAACAGGUUAAAUUCGUUUUAACAUGUUUUACUUAACCCAAUGUAUCCAAAAUAGCAUUUCAACAUGUCACCGGUUUUUUAGUUUUUUUUUUUUGAGAUAGUGCUUUGCUUUGUUGCCCAGGCUGGAGUGCAGUGGCACAAUCUCGGCUCACUGCAACCUCCACCUUCCAGGUUCAAGUGAUUCUCCUGCCUCAGCCUCCCGAGUAGCUGGGAUUACAGGCACCCGCCACCAUGCCCACUAAUUUUUGUAUUUUUGGUUAGAGAUGGGUUUUCGCCAUGUUGGCCAGGCUAGUCUCAAACUCCUGACCUCAGGUGAUCCACCCACCUCAGCCUCCCAAAGUGCUAGGAUUACAGGCGUGAGGCACCGUGCCUGGCGUCAUCGGUAUUAUUUAAAUGAAUUAUGUUACGUUCUUUUAUGCUGUCUUCAAAAUCUGUUGUAUGUUUUACACUUACACCAAAUCUCAAUUACCAUGGUACAUUUUUAUCUGAAAUGCUUGACCUUUAUUUUGAUUUCAUAAAAUUCAUAGUUGGAGAAGUAGAUUCACAUAUCCAAGUUGUUCCAAUUAUAUAAUAGUUUUCCAAAAACUGAGAUGGGUGUCCAUUUUUUUUUAAGUGAAGAUGCAGGUCUGGUUAUGUUGACCAAGUUGGUGGGUUGUUUUGUUUUGUUUUGAGACAGAGUCUCACUUUGUCACCCAGGCUGGAGUGCAGUGGCAUGACCUCAGCUCACUGCAACCUCUGCCUCCCAGGUUCAACUGAUUCUCUUGCAUCAUCCUCCUGAGUAGCUGGGACUACAGGUGUGUGCCACCAUGCCUGGCUAAUUUGGGUAUUUUUCUCAGAGACGGGGUUUCACCGUGUUGGGCAUGCUGGUCUUGAACUGCUGACCUCAGGUGAUCCGCCCACCUCGGCCUCCCAAAGUGCUAGGAUUACAUAGUGAGCCACCAAGCUGGUUUUGAACCCCUGGCCUCAAGUGAUCCUCCCACCUCAGCCUUCCAAAGUGCUGGUAUUACAGGCAUGGGCCACCACACCUGGCCUCAGCUGUUCAAUUAAAAGUAAAUAAAACUUAAAAUUCUAUGUUUCAUUGGCAGUAGUGCAACAUUAAUACUGGGUAGCCACAUGUGAUUAGUGGCUAUGGUAUUGGACAGGGAAGGUACAGAAUACUUCCAUCAACAUAGAAAAUUCUAUCAGUCUAGCUCUAGGGGCAGAUAGUCCUUCAACUGACUUGGGCAAGUCACUCUACAAAUGGCAUCUACCUCACAUGGUUAUGGUGAGAAUUCAGCGUAUGUAUGUACAUGCAGGCACACAAUAUGCACACAGACACAUAACAUAGUACACCCUUUCCUGAAAAGCCUGACACAUGGAGCUCAAACAUGAGUGCCACCCACCCCUGGGCAGCACCAAGAUGGCUCUAGUCUGGGUGCCUUUGUCUCACCCCCAUGCCUUUGCUCGGAGUGUGCUCCUCAUUUUUCUGCCACUUUGACCCUGUCUCUGAUUUGGUCCUGUCUGACAUCACUGCUAUAUGCUUUGCUCCUCUCAAUUUCCUCUGCCCUCAUGCCAGCAGGAGUCAUGCCAGAGAUCAUAUCUGAGAAAGCAAGACAAUUUUGUGUGUGUGUCUGUGCCCAUAGAGGAGUGCUGGUUGUGUUGAUAUAGUUGUAGAUUGGUUGUGUUUACACAGUUGUAUAUAUUGACACCCUUGAGUGUUAUGACUUCUUUUGGGGGUGGUCGCCUUUUAAAUCAUGACUUUUGAUGGGAUUCCAUUUUAGUCUUUGUGAAGACAUAAGGUUGUUGGCAGGCAUCUGUCCCUGGGAGCAUCCAAGCAGAAAAGACUAAGACUCCCUUGUAGACAGAUCACUGGCCGCCACUGAAGUGUGUCUGCAUGGCACCACAGGGCUGGAUGACCCUUGAAGGCAGGAAUUCAAGGAAAUGUAUGAUGAAUUUUGGCAUUGCCAUCAAAAGCAGAACAGGCAUGGAAAACUUGGGUGAGUGGGCGAGACAACCUCCUCACCACAGCAGAGUUCCAUCCAUGCCUGGAUAAUGAUGGAGGGAUUUGUGUCCACUGCAGUGGGGAACCAUGAAGGACACAUCAAGGGUGUGGUUGGCCUGUGGUGCUCUUUGGAGGAAUGAAUAAAAAUGAAUAGAAAUCCUA